AUGCCUUCCAACUUGUCUGCCGAGCAGAUGGAGGAGCUGAGGGUGAAGUGGGUGCACCUGGCGAAAGUCAAGCACCCACUCACCAUCAGCUUCUCCAUCGAGCACAAUGGUGGGAGACGGGGCGGCUGGACGGAGGAGCAAGUCCAGAUGUGCAUGGACUACUUUCGGCCGACCAAAAAGCGGUUCAAGGAGUUGUCAGAGGAGGUAGCAAAGGCCAAACAAGAGGCAGACAAGAAGUAG